AUGAACGUGCCAGUUUUGAGGGCCCAGGAGCAGCCUCAUCCCCUCUGUGCCCCCCCCUCGGUCCAGGAUUUACCCCACUGCCCUCCUGGGUUCAACCUGAGCUCGCGCCUGAAUCCUCCUCCCAUCCUCAGCCUCCAGAGCAGCCAGAGAUCCUCCAAACCCCAGAGGGAGCUGAGUCCCGAAGAGCAGCAGGAGCUCCGGAGGAAGAUCAACAGCAGGGAGAGGAAGAGGAUGCAGGACUUGAACAUUGCCAUGGACGCCCUGAGGGAGGUCAUGGUUCCUUACGCUUCCUCGCCGUCCUCCUCCUCCUCUCAGUCCCAUCAGUCCGGAGCUCCUCCAGGACGAAGGCUCUCCAAAAUCUCCACCUUGGUUCUGGCGAGGAACUACAUCCUCCUCCUGGGUUCGUCUCUGCAGGAGAUGCGGCGGCUGCUCGGGGAGGUCAGCGUCGGGAUGGGGGUAAACUCGGGCCCUGUCCCUCGCCUGCUGCUCGCUGGAGGUUGGCCCCUCAUCUCGGGCCCUGGUCAACUCCUCCUCACCCAGGAGUCCCUACUCACCUCAGCAGCAUCUUCCUCCUCCUCUUCCUCCGCUUCGUCGUCCUCUGCUGCUAAAUGUCCCCUGCUGUCUCCGGGCCCCAUGGAGGCCUCAUUGGCUCCCAUGCAUUGGAGCUCCGCGGGGGCCUCAGGAGGGCCCUUGUGCCCCUGUGGAGUCUGCAGACUACCCAGAUUCAGUCACUCCAACCCGGCUCCAAGAUUCCCAAAGUGA